AUUUGUAGAUAUAAUGGAGCAGAAGCUUUAAAAGAAGCUUUUAGUUGUGCUGAAGUAAUUAUAAUACCCGCAGGUGUACCAAGAAAACCUGGUAUGACACGUGACGAUCUCUUUAAUACGAAUGCAUCUAUUGUGAGGGACUUAGCUGUAGCUGCUGCUGAAGUUGCCCCAAAAGCCUUAAUUGGUAUUAUUUCAAAUCCAGUUAAUUCUACAGUGCCCAUAGCAUCUGAAGUGUUCAUUAAAGCUGGAAAUUACGAUCCAAAGAGAAUUUUUGGAGUGACAACAUUGGAUGUUGUACGAGCAAACACGUUCAUUGCAGAAGCUAAAAACCUUGACCCAAUUAAGACGAACGUGCCCGUUAUUGGGGGUCACGCAGGAAUCACCAUCAUCCCCUUGAUUUCGCAGGCAACUCCGAAAGUGUCGUUCCCUGCAGAUCAGCUCAAGGCACUCACAGAAAGGAUACAGGAAGCUGGAACAGAAGUAGUGAAAGCCAAAGCUGGAACAGGGUCUGCGACCCUUUCAAUGGCCUUCGCUGGCGCUAGGUUUGCAAUCUCCCUUAUUCGUGGUCUAAGAGGCGAAUCGAACGUAAUUGAAUGCGCUUACGUAAGGUCGGAUGUAACAGAAGCGAAAUACUUCUCCACCCCCAUCUUAUUAGGCCCCAAUGGUGUCGAAAAGAACCUAGGACUUGGCCCAUUAAGCGAUUUUGAAAAAGAACUUGUUAAAGCUGCAGUUCCCGAACUUAAGAAGAACAUAGAAAAAGGAGAAAAAUUCGUCAAGGGUUAAAUAUAUCCUCUUUAUUAAAACGAAAAUGUAUUUAAAAAUAUAUCGUAUACAUGUAAAUUUUACUUACACAUCUUUUUUUAUGUUUUAAUGUACGAAUAUACUUGUUGAAUGUUUAGUUCAGUAUCGGAAACUAAAUUGUAAAAAAUAUCUGUAAAAUACAUCGAUGAAAAUAAAUAAUUGUAUCAGUA